AUGAUGGACCAACGAGAGCUCGAGGCGAGGGUGAAGGCGUUGAACAAAUCCAUCUCGGCGAAUGAACCAGCUUCAAAUGCCCUGUCUCUGCUCAAGACGCUAAAGGACGAUGCGAACCCAACUGAAGAAAUGCUAAGGGCUACUAGGGCCGGUGUCCUCGUCGGCAAGCUACGGUCUCAUCAGAACAAGGAGAUUGCCACCGCUGCGACCCAGCUCGUCUCCAAAUGGCGGAAGCUCGUUGAGCAGGAGAAGGCCUCCAAAGCCAAGCUGGCCAAGUCUGGCACCCCCGCGUCCAGCGGCUCGCCAGUCUCUGCCGGCGCUUCCUCCUCCUCCGCCCCCGCCCCAGCUCCAGCGGCGGCCUCCUCGAGCGGCGCAUCCAAGACGUACCAGGGCGACCCCGAAAAGCGACGCGCUGAGACGGACAAGGUGGACACGAACCGGACCAAGUCGGACACGCGCAACAACUGCAUUAAGCUUAUGUACAACGGCCUGGCCUAUAGGUCGACCGAUCACCAGGAUGUUGUGCUCGCCAAGGCUGUCGCGGUCGAAGACGCCGCGUUCCGCAUGUUUGGAGGCGAUGAGAAGCACAAGGAGUACCCCAAGAAGAUCCGCUCUCUCUUCCAGAACCUGAAGAAUAAGACCAACGCGGAGCUCGGUCAGCGCGUCAUGGCGGGCGACAUUCCUCCCGACAGGUUUGUGAAGCUGAGCGAUGCCGAGCUACUGUCUGCCGAGCAGCGCAAGACGAACGAGCUGUACGAGAAGGAGAACAUGAAGAAGGCACAAGUGCCCAUGGCAGAGAAGAGUGUGAGCUCCGAGUUCAAGUGCGCGCGAUGCGGCGAGAAAAAGGUGUCGUACAGCCAGGCGCAGACGCGAAGCGCUGAUGAGCCGAUGACGACCUUUGCGAAUUUUUCCUAA